AAUGCAGCUGGAUGCAACAAGCUUCCCAAAUUUCCUUUCGAUGAGUUGAGUAGCCACGCUGCAGUUGCAUUUGCGAGUUGGUCGAUAAAGCAUUCAUUAAUAUGGCAUCCAAACCGCUGCGCUAUUCCGUAGACAAGAAUCCGGAGUGCUACGACGAGUACAAGUUCACGCUACCGGAGCUGUACCGCGAUUUGGCAAAGGAAGAACUCCGAGAAGAUGACAGCGUUCGCGAAAAAGCCCUCGCGGAAAUGCGCCAAUGGAUCGUGGAAAACCCGCAUAUACGAAAGUGUCGCACGGACGCAAAGUUUCUGCUCCGAUUUCUACGAUUCCGGAAGUUCUCGGUCCCGAUGGCGUGUGAGGCACUGGAACGAUACCUAGCCGUCCGGGAAUUGAACCCAGCGUGGUUCAAGAACCUCGAUUGCAACGACCCGACGAUGAAGGAAAUACUGGCUGUACAACCAAUGACGUACCUUGGCCAGGAUCAUACCGGUCGGGCAGUAUAUCUCGUCCGCUUCGGCAUGUUCAACGGUGAGAAACAUACUGCCCAACAGGAUGCACGGUACAUGGCUCUAGUUCUGGAAACGAUACUCGAAUGGGAGGACACGCAGAUCGGUGGCUGUUAUGCUUUUAUCGAAUACGAUCGAUGCACCACGAGCAGCUUCGAGAAAUGGAGCAUGACUGAGCUCAAACUCAUCAUGGAAAUCUUCAGCCAAACGCAUCCGCUGCGCUACAGCGAGAUAUACGGCGCACAGCUUCCCAAAUAUGCUGUUCCAGUCAUCGAAACGCUGUUGUCGUUUGCCAGCCCGAAGCUGCGAGAAAAAAUUACGUGCUAUAAAACGAUCGAUGAGCUGGAGAAACAUUUUGAGCCCGCGUUGAAGCCAUCUUUGUACGGGGGAGAGGCAAACCUGGAUGAACUGAAUCAGGCCUUCCGGAAACGCAUCGAGGAACAGCGAGAGAUUAUACUUGGGCUGGACGAUAUGGAGAUCGACAUAGAGCAUUACGCAGGUGUUUGGGCUUCUGAAGAAACCUCCUUAACAGAUGACAUCAGUGAAGCUGUGUUCAAGCAGCUAAACAUUGAAUAAACUUGCUG